GAUCAGCUUUGCAAGCCUUUCACCCAGCGUUGCCAUUCUACCACCAGGGAGUCGGAGGGACUUCAACACUGUACUACUUUGCAGGAUUGUUGUAAAUUCCUCUUUCGGUCUCAGCAAUUAAUCUGCAAUAUUAAUCGGAUUUUGUUCGUGACUAGCCAUUCCCUCACAGAUCUCCACAUUCAGGCCCCAGCAAUAGGGAGAUAACAGUGUCCUGACCUGUAUUUGCAGUUGGAUUGGCAGGAUGUUUUAUAAGUGUUUAGAAUUGAAGACCCACAACCUUCUCACCUUUUAGAAGAUCAGCAAUUUCACAUUUGAGUUAUUUGAGAACUCUCAGGUGGAUGGCAUUGGAUCCCAUAUAUCCAAGGAUACCCUUCAUCCCCUAAAGAAAAUGAAUGUACAGAAACUUGCAAGUGUGAUCCAUUUCAGUAAUGACAGCCAAGCUCGUUUGGAAGGGGCAAUGACGUUAGGUGGACUACAUGUCUUCAGAUGAUGUUUCACUAAUGGCUUGACAUCUGUGGUCUGGACAGCAGUCGUCAUUAUGGAGAAUACAGAUGCAGAUGAAUGGGCGUCCAAACCAGAGGAUAAAGAUCCACCCCAAAGCCCCUAUUCUCUUGAAACACCCUAUGGCUUCCACUUAGAUCUUGACUUCCUGAAGUACGUAGAUGACAUCGAGAAAGGAAAUACUAUCAAGAGGAUUCCUAUUCACAGGAAGGCAAAGCACCCAAAAUUCAGCACGCUGCCUCGCAAUUUCAGCCUUCCAGAAAAUGGAUCGAGGGCCUACUCCUCCGCCCCAAACAAGAGCUUCCUUACGCAGAGGAAGGCCUCCUUAGGGGCAGAGGAAAGCAGCCCUGCUGUCACAUCGACUGACUCAUUGCCCUUAGCCACCCGUUCAAAUGAGCCAAGCUACAGAAAAAAGGCCCUUUUAAUAGAGACUGUCAAGCAAGAUGCUGCGCACCUUGAAGAGGAGACUGGCAACUGUAGAGGGAGGCCUCAGCUUUUGAGGGCAUCCAGUAUGCCUGCCACGCUGCCACCAAGCCAGGAUUCAGGAGUAGAAACGCAGCCAGAAGCUUUUCCACCUUUGGCAUUCCUUCCGUCUUCUGAUGGGAAAGGCUUGGAAUUUGAUUUUAGUCCCGUAAAGGGAACACUGGAUUCAGAUUGGUCCAAGGGAUCUCCUGAAAAUCUGAAAAAUGUAAAGGAGCAAAUCAGUCAGGCCGUCCAGGAUACUGAGAGGCUUAUGAGGCAACAGGAAGAAGCUAAGCUUGUGCUAGACCAGGGACAACCAGAGCUUACAAAGGAGAGAAUACAACCCAGUGCUUCAUGGCAAAGCCAGCAAUUAUUAUCUCAGGAACUGCUUGCAGUUGCUGAGAGUGGAGAAGAGGAAUGUGAUACAACGGAGACCGAUGUUUGUCGGCCAUCCAUCCAAAGUGAAUUGACCACUUUCAGAGCCUCGGAAUACAACCUUGAGAGCCAGACCCAGAAAGACAUAGAAUUCAACAUAACUGAGACACUUACAGCAGGACUACAGGAGGGGGAUGAAGUUACAAGUCCUGGCACUGGAGAGAUGAAAGGAAACGUAAACCUCAAGCCUUUGCUCUCUGAAGAACCUAGCAAGAUAACAGCCUUAAAGCAGCAUAUUGCUAUUCUGGAGGAACAGCUCAACAACAAGACAGAAGAACUUGAGCAGAUUCGAGUAGUCUUGAAGCAGCAGGAUAAGGAAAUCAAGGCCAAGGAGAGAAGCAUUGAAAUGUUGGCAACUUCCAAAGCUCAACUGGAAGAGAAACUCUGUGGGGAGAGUACCAAAGAAAUUGCACCGUACAAGCAGGACAAAAUUGCCCUCCAGUACCAUGAUGCUGCUGUGAAUACCGAACAGGCAGCUAAGGAGGCAUCUGACAAAGGGGUUAAUGUAAGCAUCACUGUGCCUAUGGAAUCAAUAGGGUGUGAUGCCUGUGAAAUUGAUAAUAAGAAUCUGCAGAUAAAGGAAGGGCAUAGGAAGCUGUUCCAUGUCCACCAUGAGAUGACAAGUGUUGAUGUUGGAGAAAAAGACCGUCCAUCUUUCCAGAGACAGAAAGAAAUGAAACAAGAAAAUGAUGGUUCUCCUCUCGAGCUAAGUUACAAUGAACUGAAGAUUGAUGAACACAUUGAUAAUGACAACUACCAGAAGGGAGUGUGCAACUAUGACACACAGUUCUCUGCUGCUAGUGAAGAAAGCUGCUCAGGUGUUGAGGUGGUUGGCUCAAAGGCAGGAGGAAAUGAAGGCCUUUUUGAAGAAGAUUUUAAGCAGGAGCUGAAUGAGGAGGAAACCCAACCAGAACCAAAGAAUUCGCCUGCAGAUCCCAUCGUAGGCCAAUACGUUAAAAAAAUCCAGGAUUUGUUGCAAGAGCAGUGGACGUGCCUAGAACACGGGUACCCAGAACUCGCCAGUGCCAUUAAGCAGCCCGCCUCAAAGCUCAGCUCCAUCCAGAACCAGCUUGUUAAUUCCUUGAACUUGCUGCUCUCUGCUUACUCAACACAAACGCCGACAGACAAGGAGAAUUCCAACACACAGUAUCAACAGUUGGAAAUUUCUCCAAGCACAAGCCUUAAAUCUAUAAUGAAAAAGAAGGACACUGGUUUCCAUGCAGGAGGUAACGGCACCAAAAAGAACCUUCAGUUUGUUGGGGUAAAUGGUGGUUACGAAACCACAUCCAGUGAAGAUUCAAGUUGUGAAGAAAGCUCCUCAGAAGGGAAUUCAGAUAGUGAGACUGAGAGAAAGUGUGGCAAUGAUGAGCAUAGAUGGGGUGAAGAUGGCAAUGAAAGUGAACAAAGAGCUUCUGGAACUGCCCAUUACGCAAGGAAAGAAGACCCCGAAGAGCAAGAGGGAACCACACGACCAAGCACACAGCACAAGGCAGACAGAUUUAAACCCUCUACAGAUUUUCUGAAAGGAUGCCAGAUCUUGAGCAAACACCUGCCAGAAAUAAGAACCACAAAGGACAAAUUACUGAGGCACGUUUUAAGCACCAUCUGCCAGGAGUGGUUCCGAAUCUCAAGCAGGAAAUCCUCCAGCCCUGAAAUUGUGGCAGCUUACCUCCAAGAGGUUGAGGCAAUUCAUCCACAGUUAGAGAAUAUAAUUGUGAACUUGGCUGAUGGGAAUGGCAACACAGCACUUCAUUACAGUGUUUCUCAUUCCAACUUUCGGAUUGUGAAGCUUCUUUUAGAGACAGGUGUCUGUGAUGUGGACCAUCAAAACAAAGCUGGGUAUACAGCAGUAAUGAUCACACCACUUGCAUCAGCAGAAACUGAUGAAGAAAUGGACGUGGUCACGAAGCUCUUGAAAGAAGGCAAUGUUAAUAUACGGGCAAGUCAGGGAGGCCAGACUGCCUUAAUUCUGGGGGUGAGCCAUGAUAGAGAAGAUAUGGUGAAAGCCUUGUUGUCAUGUGGCGCUGAUGUAAACCUUCAGGAUGAUGCUGGUUUGUCACCCCUGAUGGUUGCUUCUCAGUAUGGUAACAUCGAAAUUGUGAAGCUUCUCUUGACCCAUCCAAGUUGUGAUGCUGCAUUGAUUGACAAGGCUGGUAAUUCUGCUUUGUCCAUAGCUUUGAAAUCUGCCCACAUGGAAAUUGCAGAGUUCCUUCGGAGCCACAUACAGCACAGUCGGCCUCUGAAUACAUAAAGUGAUGGAAUGGGAAACCGAUAACAAAAGACUCAUUAUUUUACCCUGCUCUGUAACCAAUUUAUAUGCCCAUGAUCAUAGCUGAUAACUGCUGAUUUCUCUACUUACGGAAAGGCGGAACUAUGUCAGCUAUUUGCAUACAUUUCUAAUGAAUGAGUCACUCCCUUAAACCUGCUUUUAUAGCCUUAACCUCUGACCAGUGGCACAAAUAAUGGUUAGAUUAUUUCAUUGCCUUUUCUUAAUAGUAAUUACUUCCACAAGUCAAGUUGUCUUGUCUCUUCUUCAGCUUUGAGCUUAUCUUUUUUUGUUUCUCAAAGCUUGAAUAACUACAGGGAAGCAACUAGGUUGGCCCUGGGCAUAGUUCUACAUUUUCGAAGACCAAGGGCAUAAAGGAUAAUGUGCUUUCAGGUAUGACAUCACCACCACACCAAAGCUGCCCAGAUUCAGUGAAGGUACAAGUAAUAUGGAGCAAUUCUGAGACACUUUAAAUAUCUUGAUAGCCUGAUGCUGUGUCAGCUUGUACAAACUUCAAAUAUAUUCUCUGUACCUUGUGAAUAAGGUAACACUAGGAAGUCUUCCUUCCUGCCCAGUAAAUCUUCCUCUGAUUCACUUAUUUUUGUUCUAAGCCUGUUGUUGCUGCACAGCCCAUUGACUGAUCUGUAAGAAAGCCUUUCCCCCUGCUGCAUCAGAGCAUCACAACAGGGACAAAUCAAGAAUUCAGUAACACUGAUGGUUGCUGUUGGGCUACGGCUAUGGUUUGGGCCUGAUCCCAGUACAAGGGCACAAAUUAGUACCAAUUCUUAGUACCUCAGCAGUCAUUACAAGAGACAUUAGUUUGGAUGUGUUUGUCAAAAGGGCUUGGAUCCAACCGCAGAACUUGAGAGUUGAGACUCGAGAGAUCCCCAUUGCAUGAGCAGAACUUCAUCUACAGAACUUUGGAUCCAACCGUGCUGUUGCCAUCACACCAUGCUUUUCCAGGAGUGUUUCAUUUUACGCAAUAUGUGACUUUGCAUCACUGCUCUAUCUGUUUCUCCCUGUCGCCCACCACUGUGGAUAGCAGAUGUUCUGAGACAAAAAAGAAGAAUAGACAGCAUGACAGCAUCACAUAUAAGGUAAAACUAGACAUUACUGAGAAGAAAGGAAACUAAGACACAGAGUUAAAGUAUAGUUGAUAGUCAUUGGUUUGGCAUUGGUACUACAUCUUUGGGUUGGGCUGUAAAAACAGAUAUUGCUUUUCAAAUGAAAGUCCAGCAUAUAUCUCUUAAAGCACAUGAUGUUUCCAGUUUGUCUACAAGCACAGCAGUAAAGCAAUACUUUUUUGGAGUAACUUUAGAUAAUGAGUGUUUGUAACCAGCUAUCUUAACGCAUGUCUCAGUUAACUUGUAAGUUGUACUGUGCUAUUUAUUACUAUUGAUUUCUAUAAGUACCAGCAGUCAACAUUUACUCAGCAUACAGCUACAAAUAUAGAUUGGCUAGAUUAUGUACAAUAUAUAUCUUGGUUGUGUUUGGUUUCUAUGGCUCUGAUGCAAGAAGUCAUAGCUAAUUAUUUACAGAAAUAGUUGAAUGUAUUGGAUCCAAACACACACACAUUACUUCCUGUAUAUUCACAAAGCACAACCAUCUUGUUUUUUUAUCCCUUUGGAAUUAUCAUAUAUAUGGCUUUCUUACGUUUUUUUAAUUGAAUUUGAAUUAACCAGCCAAGAGAAAGCUUUGAAGUAUAUUUCUCGCUGGAAGUUUGGGCACAAUUAAGAUACAGUGUGCUUUUUCAUUUUUUUUACCAAGCUAAGUAUGUAGAACAAAAUGACUUGAUCAUAAACUUCCUCAUGAGAAUUAUUGUUGUUUAAGAUAUUUUCAUAAUUAGGUUCUGUAGAGCUAUUUCUGAUUAUGGCUUCAUAUGGAAGGUGCCUUUUGGGCAAACAUCUGUUCUCAUCUGUUUCAUCAGGCUAAAAUGCUGGAAAUCCCAAACUUGGUAGAUUGAAAUCUGUUGUACUAAUUUAUCUGCCAUAUUGUUUCAUUUAUUGAGUAACCUUCCACCCACAGGGUAGGCAGAGUUCUUCUGUGGGCUCUGGCAGCCUUCCAGAACUCACUACAAUGCACACAUACAAAGAUCUCGCUCAAAUUCCCAUUGCUCAACCACAAUGAAUAACAAAAAUACCUUCCAUAAUCCAGAAACGGUGCAACCAGUUCCUCAUUUCCAAUGGAGCCUCCUCUUUUGAACAGCAGCUUUGUCAAAGUGAUAAUUUAAAGUUCAUCCUCAUUAACUUGCUGUAAUAUGCAUCUGCUUAUCUUCUCUGCCUCAAAUUUAUCCUGCAAAUGUUAUGCUGAAAACUAGUUAAACUGGGGUGUGUGCAUGUCAGAUCACUCUUGCUUAACUAUUUGGGCUGUCUCUGCUAUGAGCAAUGUUUUGCAAUGUCCCAUCAUUUUAAGCAAAUAAAUGGAACUGUAAAAUA